GCUUUGAUGCCGGUAAUCUCCCCAUAUCCCAUCUCUACUUCUUCCUCAACCAGCGCCAUCGGGGCAAACUCCGCAACUUUGACGAUACGCAAAAAUGGCCGCAGACCCAACUGUUGAUGAAAUACUCGCGGGGAAGUACCCUGCUAAGCAACAUGCGGAGAACGUUGUAAAGCACCUCCGUCAAUCUUGUCCCGGCCUUACGGACGGGGUUAUCUAUCUUGAAUCUCAAAAGUCAAAACUUUAUGAGAACAGUGAUCAAGAGGGUAUUCCUUUAUCUGCUCUAUCCCACCGGUGGCUCAAACUGAUACGACACACCAGUUCCCUUCCGCCAACGCCGUUACUUUUACUACCUCUCCGGCUGCGACCUCGCUGAUUCUUACCUCACCUAUUCCAUCCGCGAUCAGAAGCUCACGCUUUUCAUCCCACCCAUCGACCCUGCUUCAGUGCUCUGGUCUGGACUUCCGCUCUCUAGCUCCGAGGCGCUAGAGAAAUACGACGUGGAUGAAGUCCUCCCGACCACUGCUACGGCCCCGCCAACUAUAUCCAAUUCCAGCCUACCGUUUGUAAUCGAAAACCAAACCUCACGCACCUUCACUCUCCAAAAUGCCGAAAACUUGGAGCCAGCUAUCGAGCGCGCGCGGGUGAUCAAGGACGAAUACGAGGUAGCCCUGAUCAAGAAAGCGAACCUAAUAAGCGCACUCGCGCACCACGCCUCACUUCGUGCAGUCAAGUCUGCUGGAAACGAACGCGAGAUUGAAGCAAUAUUCACGAAGCAAUGCAUCGCAAAUGGCGCACCGAAGCAGGCGUAUUCCGGAAUCUUUGGCGGCGGCAGGUCCGCGAGUAUCCUACACUAUAUACACAAUAACAAACCGCUCUCCGGGAAACUGAACCUGUUAUUGGACGCUGGAGCAGAAUACAGCAACUACGCUUCCGACGUCACUAGGACGUUCCCGAUAUGUGGGCAGUUUACCAAGGAAAGCAGAGAUGUCUACGACAUUGUCCUAGAUAUGCAGAAGCAGUGUCUCGCCGCUUCCAAGGCUGGCGCUGUCUGGGACGACAUUCAUAUCCUCGCUCACAAAGUAGCCAUUCAAGGUCUUCUCAAGAUCGGUAUUCUUAAGGAUGGCAGUGUGGACGAGAUAUUGACGAGCAGGACCAGCACUGCUUUCCUCCCGCAUGGGUUGGGACACUACCUUGGUAUGGAUACCCACGACUGUGGUGGGAACCCGAACUACGAGGACUCCGACCCUAUGUUCAAAUACCUGCGUAAGCGCGGGCCACUUCCUGCUGGUGCAGUUAUUACCGUAGAGCCUGGGGUUUACUUUUGCGAAUUCAUUAUUAACCCGUACCUCGAGGAUGAGAAGCAUGCCAAGUAUAUCGACAAGGACGUCCUAGAGAAGUAUUGGGAUGUUGGAGGUGUUAGGAUUGAAGGUAUUUUAUCCCGUUAGGCAUUGUGUCAUCUUGGAAGGAGAGUAAUUGAUGGGGAGUAGAUAACAUCCUGAUCACCGAGGGAGGAUACGAGAACCUUACGAAUGUGGUUAAGGAGGUUGAUGAUAUGCUUAAGCUUAUCAACGGAUAGACUGGCCUGGGCGUGAAGUUAUGGUUUUGCAUCGUAGUCGGUCGAUUAAUAGCUUGAACGCCCUUUAUGAUUGUGCUAGGGGUUGCGAAUAGACCUUUACCUUA